AUGACCAGACCUGAUCUAGCUUUUCCAGUUCAAGUGUUGAGUCAAUACAUGCACUGCCCCAAAGAAUCUCAUAUGGAAGCAGCACUUAGGGUGGUCAGGUACAUAAAAGAAGCUCUAGGACUUGGUUUACUAAUGCCAGCAGAAGACUCUAAUCAACUUCUUUCUUAUUGUGACUCAGACUGGGGAGCUUGUCUAGAAACAAAGAGGUCUGUCACUGGUUACUUAGUUAAGUUUAGAGGUGCCCUGAUCUCUUGGAAGUCAAAGAAACAAGAGACUGUUUCCAGAAGCUCAGCAAAAGCUGAAUUCAGAAGUAUGGCCAAUUGUGCAGCUGAGAUAACUUGGCUUGUAGGUCUGUUCAAGGAACUUGGAGUCAGUAUUGAACUUCCAAUAAAAAUGGUGUGUGACAGUAAAGAUGCAAUUCAGAUUGCUGCAAAUCCCAUCUUUCAUGAAAGAACCAAACACAUAGACAUAGAUUGUCAUUUUGUAAAGGAAAGAAUUUGUCAAGGUUUGAUGAAAACAUAG